CGUAUGAUAUCCUGACCAAUCAGAGCCCGCGGUAGAACAACGUGUACCAGGAAGACUGUACAUUUGUACCCACCAGUCUACCGGCGUCCGCUCUGGAGCAACUCAUGUGUACACACUCUAUCCAUAUAAUUUAAAAAUAGCAUUUACGGUUCAUCCGAGUCGUUUGUCGGUGCCAAGAUGCUGGUUUUAAGCGGUCUGUCGCUGGCUCUGGUCCUGUCGCUCCUGCCCGGCGACGCGGAUGCUCUGAAGGAUGGAGAAUGCGAAGUGUGUGUUACUUUCCUGGGGAAGUUUUACCAGUCGUUGCUGGAUAACGAGGUGAAGUUGAACAGUGCUGACAUCGAGACGGCCCUCUUCAAGACCUGCAAAGAAGCCAGGGGCAAAGAGAACCGCUUUUGCUACUACAUAGGGGCGACGAGUGAUGCUGCCACUAAGAUCGUGAACGAGGUGUCCAAGCCGCUCAGCUACCACGCCCCCGUGGACAAGAUCUGUGAGAGGCUGAAGAAGAAGGACAUGCAGAUCUGUGAACUGAAAUAUGACAAGCAGGUGGACCUGAGCACGGUGGACCUGAAGAAGCUCAAGGUGAAGGACCUCAAGAAGAUCCUGGAGGAGUGGGGCGAGUCGUGUAAAGGCUGCGCAGAGAAGUCUGACUUCAUCCGUAAAAUCACAGAGCUCAUGCCCAAGUACGCUCCGACGGCCGCCAAGGCACGGACAGACCUCUGAGGAGGACACGAGCCACACACGGAGGCAACAGCUCUGCACUGCAUCGGGCCAACACCAUUAUCUGGAGAGGAGAAACACGUUUAGUCUGGUUCACGGUUGUCUGAAGUAGAUGGCCACUGUCUAGAGAGUGCUGGGGAAAAUAUUUGCAUUUAAAAGGGUUGACGGCAGCAUCCGGGAGGGGGGGGGGGGUAGGAUUAGAGGGGAAAUCACAUCACUUUGAGACGGGUGAGAAAGGAGGGUAUUAAUACUUUGUAGGUUUUUGCUAUUAUUUAGUUGAUGCAUUUCAUGUUUUUGGUGACGUAACUUUAUUUGUUAGAUGUCCUUUCUGCUUCAUCUCGUCUGGGAUGUCUCAAGUGUCCAGUGAAUGGAUGAAACACCGUGGGUAUCGGUAAAGGAUCUACGCUUUUAGCAGACAAAUUGCUCCCAUGGUGGAAUUUCGAUAACAGGGUAGAGAUUAGAUAUUAUUCAUUUUAAUUCAUUAAUCCUUGCCCCUGUAUUAUUUAGCCUUCCUACAUAUUCAUCAAGGUAAGGGACAACCCCAGACAAUGCAUUUAUUUGGGGGGUGUUUAAUAAAAUCAUUUGAUUCGAUUGAUAAGCCGACGAGGAGAUGAAAAGAUCAGAUAUCGAAGCAGAUUGAUUUAUUGGCAGAUAAAUGCUGAUGCAAUCCUGCACACCUUGAUCGAGAUCAUGUGGUUAUGUAUUAAAAAACGUAUGUUUCCUUCACUCAUUAGAGAUCUCACUAUUUGAACGUCCCCUAUCCUUGGCUCCAGAAGGGAUACAACCUGCUAUGUUUUAUAGUUUGGUGUAAAUGAAUGGUGUGUACUUUAAAGUAAGCUAUGUGAGUGGCUUGAAGAGACUGGAUAUGUCCAAUAGGUCCCUGUUCCCUCACGUUGACCUUCAUCUAAGCCUUGGUUGUUUAUUACAACUGUGCUACUCUACUUUUUCAUUAAAAUAUGGAAAAACACUG